UAUAAUUUAUGAAGUACAUGAUAUGAUAUGAUAUGACAUAUAAACAUGAGUGUUCUUCCAAUAGUUAAUCGCGUACAAUCAAAAGAGAUUGUUAAAGUUGCUAUACAAAAAGAAGGAAAAAUACCUCAAUUAAUAGAAUUAAAUCAAAAGAAGCCAACUUCUGAAAUAAUUGAAGAAAUUUGCUCAAAUUGGGAUAUUAAGGAUUGUGCUAAAUACUGUUUAGAGUUUUCCGAAAAUUCCAAUUCAAUAUUUGUGCAUGAUAAAAAUCGUAAUGAAAUCAUAAAUGGGACAAUAUUAUCAUUGCAAUCAUCUCCUGCUCGCAUUUCAGAAGAUGUAAUAAAAAUAUUGAAGGAAUAUUUAUGUGAUCAAAAUGUGCCAACGCUAAGCAUUUCGUCUACGAAUAUGACAUCAACAAAUACUAAGGGCAUAUAUCAAGGAACGCUGGCCUCAAAAUUAGGAAUAAUGACCAACUAUUAUCACAUUAUCACAAAUACCAAUAAUAAUGUUAAUAAAAAUUUGUCUUUGGCAGGUCUAAACAAUGACAAUGAACGAUACUCUACUUUAAAUCAUCAAGAUGUCGUGGAUAAUUUACGGAAAUUUCUGCGCCUUUGUUCCGAUCAAUAUUUUGCUUCAAUAUACAUAAAUGAUUAUAAUGGCCUGUAUUAUUUAUUAAUGGCUCUAAAUAAUGUAAUAACGAAUGGCUAUAAAUCUGACAAAGAUAGAAGUUUUACCAACCUGUCUUCUUUUUUCUUACUUAAUAUAAAGGAGUCUUUGAAGACAGAUUUAACCAUGUGUUUAGCUAUGAGCAUCAACGAAUUUUUGCAAAAUGGAUUACUCGAUUGGAAUCCAGAGACGCAAAAUUUAUUGAUAAAAAUAUCUCAUUUUUUAAAUAAUAGAGACAUUUUGAAAAAUCCUCUUAUCAUAAAACCUUUCUUGGAAAUUAUGGAAUAUUUCUUGAUCAACAUACCAGGAAGUUAUGAUACGAUUUCUCAAGAAAUAAAUAUGGGAGCAUUUAUCGACCUAUUACAAAUCAAUGAUUAUCGUGUACAAAUUGGCACUUUACAAUUAAUCAAUGUCACAUUGAACAAAGCUCUAGAAUUUAAAAAACAUGAGAAGUUUAUCAAUGAGUUAUAUGAAAAUAUCAUCGGAGAUGUUAUUAAUAAAGCAUUUAUCAAAAUUAAAAUCAACCUAAAUAAUGAGGUAAGUCAACAAUUGUGUAUACUGCAAAGGUUUUUACUUUCGAAAAUCGAAACUGAUAUAAAUACUAAUUUUGAUGUUCUGGAACAAAAGCACAAAGAAUUAUUAGCUUCAAUUAAAAUUCAUGUCAAUGAUUAUAAUGAAAUCGAUGUCGUACGCGCAAACUCAUUGUCCAAUUCUGAAGCAUUAAUUAACAUUAAUUUAAUAAAUGACAAUUGCGAACCGAUGUCUGAAAUAUUGUAUACUUUACAUCAACCUUACGGGUAUCUGGCUAUUAAAAAUAUGAAAUAUUACUCAACUAAUUACAACGCUAAUCUAUCAAAAGUUAUAUAUGAGAAUGUCCUAAAAAAUAAUUCGUACGGAUUUCCAAUUUUUAAAACAUGUGUUUAUAUAACCAAAAUAUUGUGUGAAACACUUAAAUUAGGAAAAUUUAUUAAUAAUCAAGAAGAUGAUAUACCACAAUAUUUUUUAAUGUUUUAUACUAAACCAUAUUCUUUUUGCGAAUUAUUUAUCAUUAUUUUUAAUUUAUUCCAUAAAACUUGGAAAGAAAUGAGAGCUUCUUCAAUGGAGGAUUUUAACAAGGUUUGUAUUGUAAUUCACGAGCAACUCAAUCGAGCCCUUGCAUGCAAUCCCAUAAGUUUUGACCUUUUAAAACAAAAGUUAAACGAACUAUCAUAUUCAAAUUUAAAUUCAAUUUGGCUUCAAGAACGUUAUUAUAAAGAGGAAUUAGAAUCUCAAUCACCCGUUAUAAAAGAAUUAAGGGACCAUCUAAAGCCUAAAAUUGUAAAAUUAGUCCUUGAAAAUCGAUUUUAUUAUAUGGAAUCAGGAACAAUUUUUGCUAACUAUAAUAAUAAAAACAAUAGGAUUAAAGAUAAAUAUACAUACAUUCAGUUAUCCUCUAAUCAUAAAACUUUACUUUAUUAUGUAUGCGAGGAAAAUAAACUUUGUGAAAUAAAUCUGAAUUUAGUUCAAUCAGUUUAUCUCAAAGAUAUAGCAUCUAUUGAUUGUGGCAAAGAUAUCCAACAGUUUAAAGAUAUAAAGAAUAAGAAAGCACUAUUGUCAUUGGUAUUAAUCAUUAAUUUGAAAAAUGAUCUGGGAUAUAUUAAUCUUAUUGCUCCUGAUAUUCAAUCGUUAAAUAAAUGGAUGGAUGGACUAUCUUUUUUGAUAGGAGAAGAAAUUAUGAGUCAUGAAUUCAAAAAUGACUUGGAAACUCUUUUGAGUAUGGAAAUUAAAGUACAUUUGUUAGAGAUACAAAAUAUUGUUUUACAAGAUACACCGCCUGAUAUACCAAAAGAUCCGCCUCAUUAUAAUUUUAUAUCUUUAUUAUAACUUUUAAAUAUAAUUACUUUAAUAUAUAUUAAUAUCAUAAUGUAAAGAUAUUACUAAAUUUUAUAUUAUAAAUUAUCAGGAUGUGGAAAUAAAA